UUGAAUUUUUUAUCUGAGAUCUUUUAUUAAUUUUUUUACUUGGAUAAUUAAUUUGAUUUUAUUUAUCUUAAUUAAUGAUAUUAACAAUAUUUUCACAAAAAUUAUAAUUGUUUUAAUUUUUUUAUUUAUAGAUCAUCAUUUUAUUAAAAAUUUUUUUUAAUUUUAAUAUUAAAAGAUAUAAUAUUUAUAAAUAAUUUUUAUUUAUAAGAAUUAUAUUUUCUUUUUAUAAAAGAAUGUGUAAUAAUUUUCGUUUUUUUUUCUAUUAAAAAUUAUUAAACAUAAAAUAAAACAUAUUUAUAAUAUUAACAUUUUAAUAAUUUUUAUUCGUAAUUUAAUUAAAAUAUUCAAAAUAAUUAAAAAUGACAUAUAUUUAUAAUUUUAAAAACAUUACUAAAUUUUUAUAAACUGUGAAUAUAUCGACCAAUGCGAUACAUUCUCGCUAUAAUUAAAUCGAUAUUUACUCGAUUAUUCGACGAGCUAUCACCUUCUUUGUGAGUGAAAUCUUUUCGUCUAACAAAUUAUUUUGAUUCAUUAAAUAUUAUUAUUGAAAAAAAUAACUUUUCUGAAAUGAAAAGAGAGAAAGAAAUUAUUUCAUUAUUGUUGUUAUUUCUUAUAAAUCUUGUACGUAGUGAUAUGUUUUGUAGUCUCGUAAAUCGAGAGGAUCCUUGUAUUAAUUUGUGCGAAAAAACACCGUUAUCUUUUACAAAUAGUAAAUAUGUUAAAUCAUGCUGUCAACGAGGUUGUAGAUUCUUUAAUUUAGUGGAUUUACAUUAUGGAUUAGAACCAAACAAUUUAAAUGGUACAAGGGAUGCUUGUGAAGCUUCAUGUACAGAAGCAUAUACUGCUCCACAAGAUCGAUAUGCAUGUAGUACCGGUUGUGAUUUUAUGGCUAAGCAACGUGUUUCAAAUUUAUUGUCACUCUUUUCUGUUGCUGUUUAUAUAGAAGAAGGUGUAGAUUCUAAUUUAGUUAUAAUGUCACCUGAUAUACCUGAAAAUGAUAUUUUAAGUGAUCCUGGUUUGCGAAAGGAACUUCUUCCAGGGUGGUGGGAUUUUAAUGGAUUUAAAUUACCACAAACAUAUAUUAAAACUGUUCCACUAGAUGCUGGGACAAUGGAUUAUGGAGUACCAUCAGACUACUCUGGAGAAAAUGACCAAUCAGCUUCAAUACCUGGAUCUGAUUGGCUUCAAUGUGCUUCAAAACAUAUUGGAUUACCACAUUGGCUUUUAGCCUCUGCUAUUGCAGCAGCAGCAUUGUCUGCAUUUUGGUUAUGUUUGUAUCCAGAAAAACUUACUGAUCCUUAUAAAGAAAUAUUAAUUGAAAAGUCUGAUAUUUCUCCAACAGUUGCAUUAUAUGUACCAGAAGCAUCAUUCCAUAAACAGCCUCCUCCAAAAUAUUUUGAUAGUGUUAAUUCAGCAGAAAUUAAUAUGAAAGUCUAGCUAAAUGUAUAUUAAUUCUAUCUAAUUUUUUUAACAAUUUUGAGAAAUAUUUAAAUUUCUGUAUAUUAAAACAGUUUUUAAUAAAUUCUUUAUAUUAUGUAUAAUAAGUCUUUAUGAAUAUUGCAAUGAAUAAAUAGCAAUUGCACAUUCAAUUUUGAACAAAACUAUUCAUAAAUAAAAGAUAAACUUCUAAGAAUAUAUAUCUAAAAAUAAAAUUUUAAAAAUUAAUUGAAAUUUUGAAACAAAAAUAAAAAUCAAAAUAAAUAACAAAAUAUUUUCUGGAAAAAGUUUAUGGUGAUAUUAUGAAGAAAUUAUACAGAAUAACAUUGUUUUUUAUAAUAGAAAAUAACAACAUUUAUUUUUUUCAAUAGAUAGAAUAAUUGAAAUCAAUACUGAAAUAAAAUUUGCAAAAUAAAAAAAUGAUGCACAUGUAUAAGACUGCAAAUUAUGUACUUUAUUAGUAAAGAUUAAAAGCUUUUGCAUUUAUUAUAUAAUUAAUAUAUUUUUGUACAUCAUGUAUGUACAAAUGUAAAACAAAAUUUAUUUAAAAUUAUAAUUUAAUUGUAUUUAGUUUUAUUUUAUUAUUCUUACAUUGGUUAAACAUUUUAAAUUUUAUUUUUAAUUUAAAAAAUUUUGUAUAUUUAAUAUAUACAUAUAAUUUUCUACAUAAUUUAUAUUUAAUAUUAUAUUAAAAUUAAAUAAUAAAAAUUGAAAUAAAAAAGAAUAUAUUUGUAAAAAUUAUAAUUAGAAAUUUAUUUUGACAUUUCUUAAUCCUUUUUUUAUAUAAAGAAAAUAUAAAGAAAACAAAUUUUGCAAUUAUGGAAAUAAAAAGUAUAUAUAUAUAUAUAUAGUUGAAAAAAUUUUGAAACAUUAAUAUAUAUUGUUUUAAUAUUAUAUUAUAUAAUAAAUAUAUAGUUAUUAUUUAUAUAAUUUUAAAUUUUUUGGAACAUAAUAUAUUUUAAUUGCAUUAUAUAGAAACAAAUAUAAAUUUUGCAUUUUCUUACAAUAAAUAAAUUUUUUUUAUGAUUAUAAUUAUAUAACCAAUGUAAGACAUAAAUUAUAAAUGAUUUAAGGUAAGAUAUAAUAGAAUAUUAUAAAAUAUUAAACAUACCUCACAAUUUAAUUUUAACAUAAAAAAUAAAUGAAAUGGUUAUAUGGAUAUUUAUGUUGUAUAAAAUGAUAUUAAUUUCUUAUUGUUAUAAUGUUAAAAUUAUAAAAUUUAUCAUAUAGUUUAAUCAAAAUAGAUAUCAACAUAUUAAUGUAAAUAUCAUAUCCACAAUGUUAGAAUGGUACCUAUGUUAUUGUUAUAAAUUUUUGAUAAUAACAAAUUUCACCUAUUCUGUAUAUCAUGAAAGGAAUUCAUUUGCAUUAAUAUUUUGUUUUACAAAUUUUCAGCCAUAUUCUUUAAUAUUCAAUUGUAGAUUUUCAUUGUUUUAUAUGUAUUAAAGGAAUUGUUGUUACAAAUAUUAUAACAGAAAAUAAAGAUAAAUGUUUCUUUUAACUAUAUAAAAUAUAGUAUGCUGUAAAUAUUAAUAUAAUUAAUGUAUAAGAAAGUAUAUUUCAAACCAAAGUAUUCUGUAUGUUCCUUUUAUAGAAUAGUACUAAUUUAUUGUAUUAUUAAUAUUUGUUAUUUCACUAUAUAUUGUAAAAAUAAAAAAAAAAUACAAAGAUAAA